CUCAGAUUCGCUAGGGCGAGCCUUUCCACCGCCUCCUCCUCUGGAAAAGAAGCAGCCCUGACCCCCACGCAGGAGCUAAAGCCUGUUCGGAGCUCCGGACAUCGGCAACACAGAGAUUACUUGUCAUCCGGCGUCUUCAGGCCGGUGAGCAAGCUGAGGGGAGCCAGAGAGGGAUGGGGAGCGGCGCUGGGGACAGGGGCCGGGCUGAGCGGCGGCCAGUGCUCUUUCCCCUCCUGCUGUCUUUGUUCUGCCCGGCGCUCUCUGAGCCGAUCCGCUACAGGAUUCCCGAGGAAAUGCCCGAGGGCUCGGUGGUGGGGAACCUCGCCAAAGACCUGGGACUCAGUGUCCGCGAGUUACCGACUCGAAAGCUGCGCGUCAGUUCAGAGAAGCCUUACUUCACUGUGAGCGCAGAGCGCGGGCAGUUACUUGUGAGCGGCAGGCUGGACCGGGAGCAGAUAUGCGGGAAGAAGCCAGUCUGUGCCCUGGAAUUUGAGGCUGUUGCUGAAAAUCCAUUAAACUUCUACCACGUGAACGUGGAGAUCGAGGAUAUUAAUGAUCACACCCCCAAAUUCAUGCAAAAUCCCUUUGAGCUGCAAAUAAGUGAGUCCACAUUGCCAGGCACGCGAUUUAUAUUAGAAGUAGCAGAAGAUGGAGACAUUGGCUUAAACUCUUUGCAGAAUUAUAAACUCUCUCUCAGCUCCAGUUUCUCAUUGAUAAAUAAGGAGAAACAAGAUGGUAGUAAAUACCCAGAACUGAAAUUAGAGAAACCUUUAGACCGGGAACAACAAAGUUAUCAUCGGUUAGUUCUUACUGCCUUGGACAGCGGAGACCCACCUCUAAGUGGCACCACAGAGCUCCGGAUCCAGGUCACUGAUGCCAAUGAUAACCCCCCUGUGUUCAGCCAGGACAUAUACAGAGUCAGUCUUCCAGAAAACGUGCCUCCUGGCACCUCUGUGCUGCGAGUGUCAGCCACCGACCUGGACGAGGGUGUCAACUCAGAAAUAACUUAUUCCUUCUACAGGACUGGGCAAGUUUUCCAUCUGAAUUCAAGGAGUGGGGAAAUUACCACUUUAAGUACGCUGGAUUUUGAAGAAAUCAAAGAAUAUUCUAUAGUAGUGGAAGGAAGGGAUGGUGGAGGACUGGCUGCACAAUGUACAGUUGAAAUUAACAUUCAAGAUGAAAAUGACAACAUUCCAGAAAUUACAUUCCAUUCUCUAGUAGAAAUGAUUCUGGAAAACGCCGUGCCAGGAACACUAAUUGCAUUGAUCAAAAUAUAUGACCAAGAUUCUGGGGAAAAUGGGGAGGUUAAUUGUAGAUUAGAGGGUGAAUCCCCUUUUCAGAUAAUCUCUUUGUCCAAAAGUUCGCAUAAGUUGAUAACAGACGGAACCCUCGAUCGGGAGCAGACCCCUGAGUACAACGUCACCAUCACAGCCACCGACAGGGGCAAACCGCCCCUCUCCUCCAGCACCACCCUCACCCUGCACAUCGGGGACGUCAACGACAACGCUCCGGUUUUCCAACAGUCCGCCUACCUGACCCACGUGCCAGAAAACAAUCCACCCGGGGCCUCCAUAGCGCAGGUCAGCGCCUCCGACCCCGACCUGGGACCCAACGGCCACGUCUCCUACUCCAUCGUGGCCAGCGACCUGGAGCCGCGGGCGCUGUCGUCCUACGUGUCCGUGAACGCGCAGAGCGGGGUGGUGUUCGCGCAGCGCGCCUUCGACCACGAGCAGCUGCGCGCCUUCGAGCUGACGCUGCAGGCUCGCGACCAGGGCUCGCCCGCGCUCGGCGCCAACGUCAGCCUGCGCGUGUUGGUGGACGACCGCAACGACAACGCGCCAAGGGUGCUGUACCCGGCGCUGGGGCCCGACGGCUCCGCGCUCUUCGACACGGUGCCGCGCGCCGCGCAGCCCGGCUACCUGGUCACCAAGGUGGUGGCGGUGGACGCGGACUCGGGACACAACGCCUGGCUGUCGUACCACGUGCUGCAGGCCAGCGAGCCGGGCCUGUUCAGCCUGGGGCUGCGCACGGGCGAGGUGCGCACGGCGCGUGCUUUGGGCGACAGGGACGCGGCGCGCCAGCGCCUGCUGGUCGCGGUGCGCGACGGGGGACAGCCGCCCCUCUCGGCCACCGCCACGCUGCUCCUGGUCUUCGCUGACAGCCUCCAAGAGGCCCUGCCGGACCUCAGCGAACGCCCAGCGCCGUCCGACCCCCAGGCUGAGCUGCAGUUUUACCUGGUGGUGGCCUUGGCCUUGAUCUCCGUGCUCUUCCUCCUGGCCGUGAUUCUGGCGGUUGCGCUGCGCCUGCGACGCUCCUCCAGCCUCAGCACCUGGAGCUGCUUUCAGCCCGGUCUCUGCACUAAGACUGGACCGGUGGUUCCCCCCAUCUACAGUGAAGGGACUCUACCUUAUUCCUACAAUCUGUGCGUUGCCCAAGCUGGAAAGACAGAGUUUAAUUUUCUAAAAUGUAAGGAGCAGUUGAGUUCAGGACAAGAUAUACUUUGUGGUGAUUCAUCUGGGGCCUUAUUUCCGCUUUGUAAUUCCAAUGAGUCGACAUCCCAUCCUGAAACACUAACAGCGGUGAGUUUUAUCUAA